AUGUCCGCCUUCCUCAAAGCAUCCGGCGUCCUUGCCACCCUCGGCGCAGCUGGCUACGCGACCUCCUGGAGCAUGAAGCACAGCGCCUCUGACUUCUCCGCCAAUGCGCUCGCGGCUGCUGAGCACGGCGCCACUGAGCUGUCCGCUGCUGUCAAGCCCAAGCUCCCAACAAACUUCUUCCAAUACACCGUCGGCUCGUACAAGAUCAGCAAUGCGCGUGGGAUCUAG